UUUCCUCUAUCUUCUGCCUGGUAGGCUUUCGGGUCCCUCCCUCAUUUUAUAACCUUCUGACUCAUCCAUUUCCAGGUUUCUCUUUUAUCCCUGGUUCUUCUUCUCCGUGUUUUGAAUCAGGAAAGUUGCAGCCCAACUGGAAAUAUUUGUUUUCACAACACUGACAUUAUUAGAUUCUGCUAAAAGAGAGGAUGAUCCGUCAUUUCCCUUCUACUCUGGAGCGGAUAAGCUCUCAUUUUGCUUUUCAUUUCUAAUGCUCUGAAUCCUGAGCCUGGGUAGGUAAGGUUAACUUUCCAUUGUUAUUGCCAUGCCGAUUAUGAUCAGAUCUUGCAUGUCCACCCUGUGGUGGUUGAACUGUUGUAGAAGACAGAUGGAGUAAAUAUUCCUCUUGUCUAAUACACAUGUUCCCUUGGCUUCCCCCUCCUGAUGAAUUCAGACUAUGUGAGAUAUGUAUGCAGGUUUCUUCAUGCCAAGAAAGACAGCUCCUCAGCUCUGGAUGUUGACAUGCUGAGAUCAGAUUAUUAUCCGAAACUCAAUGGAGACCUGUUUCCCCCGAUUCGGUGUCAGUAAGUGGAUAUUGAAUCUACAUGGAUAGACCUAAUAAGUGCGUCAUUGUAACAUUUUCUUUGUUCUUUGCCAGAGCCUUGAAGGUCGGGAUGCAGUCGGCUGGAUCUAAAGAACAGGAGCUGGUGCUGGUGGAACACGCCUUUGAGUAUUCGUCUAAGGAUGGGAGGAUUAUCUCUAUAAAACCCAACGAGAGGUACAUUCUUCUGAAGAGGACUAAUGAGCAUUGGUGGCACGUGUGCCUUGAUAAGAAUGCAACACCGUUUUAUAUACCGGCCAAAUAUGUCAAAGCAUUGCCCUUGACUGCGACCCGAUUCAAUGGUUUUCAGCCCUACAAGGAUUCAUUAGAGGACGUGCAGGUAGCUGUGCCGAGUAAUGAGUACAGUUACAAAUUCUUACCACCAAACCCGCAGGUGAGUGCCAACUUCCCCCUGCCGUCUUCUGAUAUCCAGCCGACCAUUACUGGUAAUGCAACAACUUCAAGAGAUGUGGAGAGUGCCAGCAAAGCCCAGUCACCAAAGGUGCCAUGCAUCAAUACAAGCAACACCCUACCCAAAGUCUGCAUGCCAAAGCUUGCUGCUACCAAUACCCUGCCAUCUGCCAUGGUGCCUAGGGUCACCUCCAACAAUGUCCAACCAAAAGUGGUUGUACCACAGAUCCAUGUAAAUGAUGUAUUAACCAAAGUCCCGCAAAUCCAUUCAAGUUAUACUCUUCCACCAACCAAUGCCCAGCAUGUUAGUGCCCCACAGCCAAGAUCCUCAACCCAAUCUCUGCCUUCAGACCUCCCUUUGGUAUGUGGAGCCUCAGGAUUAGACUCAAUUCACACAUAUCCAAAGGAACAACCUGAGGACAUCUGCACGCAUGCUCCAAUGAGAACCUUCCACAAUUCCAAGAAGGUUGUUGACCCCACCAAGCGUAUCAGCUUCUUAUGCCUCACCGAUGUCCAACCCAAUAUUUUAACCACACCUCCUUCAGGGAAUCUAAAUCCAGAGCCAUUUACACCUCCUCACCAACAGCAACUACACAUAAUCAAUAACUCUUCUGGAUUGUGUGGUCCACACCAGGUGGUUACAGAACCCAGUGUCACAACUGGGUCAAAUAGAGACUCGCCUUCUGCCCAGCCAAUUAAAGAAGAGGAAGACAUCGGGCCACUCUAUGAAAACCUAAAGCCACUCCAAAAAGAGAGCCUGAGGGAACGAGCCUCAUCCCUGCAGCACAGCUCCACCAGCACCUUAGACGACUGGGAAACUCACACAGACACAGACAGUGGUCAACUAUUCUAUUAUAACAGUGUUACUGGGGUGACAACCUGGGAUUCUCCAUUUGACCAACCAGAAGACCAAGGGCUCUCCCCCACCUCUCUGAAUUCCCUAAGUCCUUUAGCUGAAGACUCGCAGUGGGAGAAACAUUUUGAUGAAGCCACAAGCCAAUACUAUUUCUAUAAUCCAGUGACAGGCGAAACAUCCUGGGAUCCACCAGAAGAAGAGAUGAGCUUUCAAGAAUUCUCUCCAAUGGUACCUUCAUAUAUAUCGGUGGACAGGAGGCCACCGACCCCAGAGGCUGAUUACCCCGACUAUCCUCCAGAAGAGGUAGAGAGUUAUCCCGAUGCCGAUUACCAUCACGAUCCCCCAGGCUUAUAUGAGCAGAUUCCUCUAGACAAGUCUCCCGUUGAUCCAAAUUCAGGCUGGUUCUGUCAGGUCAACAAAGAAGGGAAAAAGUGCUAUUCCAACAACUACAACAGUGAGACUUGGGUACAGUCAGAGGACCGGUCAGGAAAAACCUAUUUCUACAAUCCGGAUGGUUGCCUCUCGCAGUGGAGUUUGCCGCGGGUUGGCCCACCGAGGGUUCAUACACCCAACGAUGACGAUGUCUUUACAAAAUUGCAGCAUAAUUACCCAACAUUCUCUCCGCUGAAACAUACAGAGGAUUUCGGCCAAAGGCUCAAAAGAGCUGUUUCUGAAGAUUUGCUGGACAUAAAUCAUCAUCAUCACCAGACCAAAAGCCUGGAAAAAGCCGGAGUCCUUCACAAGGCCAAAAUAUCCGGCAACGGCAAAAAGCUUCGUAAAAGCUGGAGCUCCUCCUGGACUGUCCUGGAAGGAGGGAUCUUGACAUUUUUCAAGGAUGGUAAAAAUCUAUCAUCCAACAGUGCGAGACAGUCCCAGCUCUCAACCCCAGAGUACACAGUCAGGCUAGAAGGGGCCACUCUCCGAUGGGCCACCAAGGAUAAGUCAAGCAAGAAGCAUGUACUGGAGCUUAAGACUCGAGAAGGCUCUGAGUUUCUCAUACACCAUGAUUCAGAGACGAUCACUGCAGACUGGCACGAAUCGAUAAAGAACAGUAUUGCCAAGAGUAUACGUUUAUCUGCAGACCACACACCUGAAGAUGAACCUGAACUUUUCCAGGAAUUUGGCUCUACUGAAAAGUUGGGAACAAAAGAUGAAAAAAAGAACUCAAGCAUGGGAUCCGGCAGUAACUCUGACAGCGAUCACAAAGUCCGCGCUAAGCUCAAGAAGUUUUUGCAGAGGCGGCCGACAUUACAGUCCCUGAGAGACAAAGGCUACAUCAAAGAACAAGUGUUUGGAUGCCCCUUGCAACAGCUCUGUGAAAGAGAAAAACAAAAUGUUCCGGAAUUUGUAAGAAAGGCCAUCCAAGCUGUGGAGAAAAGAGGACUUGAUAUCGAUGGUUUGUAUCGAGUGAGCGGAAAUCUGGCCACUAUACAGAAACUACGCCACAAAGUGGAUCAAGAAAGCAUCAACCUGGAAGACGGGCGCUGGGAAGAUGUCCACGUUAUCACCGGAGCCCUGAAACUUUUCUUCCGGGAGUUGCCAGAACCCCUCUUCCCCUUCAGUCACUUUGACAUUUUCAUUGAGACAAUAAAAUUAAAUGACCCAGCAAUGAAGAAGAAGCAGUUCAAGGAGCUGAUACAGUCGCUGCCGUCGCCAAACAGAGACACGAUGCAGUUUCUCUUCCGUCAUCUGUGCAACGUAAUUGAAUAUCGAGAAUCCAACAGAAUGUCCAUCCAGAGUAUCGCCAUUGUGUUCGGGCCGACCCUCCUAAGGCCUUCGAUAGAAGGAGCAAACAUCGCCAUGUUCAUGGUGUUCCAGAAUCAAAUCGUGGAGCACGUUCUAACCCAAUAUAAAUAUAUAUUUAACACAAGCUGAUCCCUGGCUUUGCUGAUUCUUACCGACUGUGACAUGACGGCGCGGGCUCGCCCGAUAAAAGCCUUUGUAUUGCUCUGCCUCGCUAUUUAAAUGUUUUAUGUAAAUACCUGUGCCCUUGACUUAUAUAUAUACAUAUAUAUAUAUAUAUAUAUAUAUAUAUAGAUGAUAGAUAAAUAUAUAUAUGUACAAAAUAAGCUGAGUAUAGUAGGGAAACUGGGCCAACUUGCUGUUCGUGUAAAUAAAUCCCUCCCAGAAAUGUCAAUAUUCACUUUAUUAAGCAGCUUUUAAUUAACCGACUCUGCUAUAGGUUUUUACACGUGUAAUUAUUUUCAUAGAAACGGAUUUUAAAAGAGCAGAAGUCUGCGGCACCAACAGAGAAUUUAUUUAAUAAGGCGCAAGAAAAGACACUGGUCUGUUGUGCACAGAGAGAUUCAUCUUCAUUAUUCCUGUUGCACUUUUUACAUUAAAAUGUUUUACAAGAAAGAGAA